GGGACAUCCUACUACAGAUUCACCAUGGGGGCUGCAGGUAUAAUAGUGGAGGUGGUCUCAGAGCCAGCACCACACGUUGGUCUUCAGUCCAACAGACAUCACUAGACUACUGAAGAGAGACAGUUGGAUCCAGUCUGUGGUAAGACCAGAUUAUUUACGAGCCAGGAGGAACCACUGAUAACACCACCAGUCAGGAUGAGUUCCCUGACUUCUGACCCUAACCAGACAGAGAACAUCGACACCAUUAUCCGACCCCCUUACUUCUUCAUCAGUGGUUUCAUAGACAUCCCCCACAUUAAGUACUAUUACGUCUUCCUCUGCUUCGUAUACAUCGUCUCUCUGGUGGGCAACACCUUCGUCAUGAUGGUUAUCUACGUGGACAGCAGUCUCCACAGCCCCAAGUACAUUGCUGUGUUCAACCUGGCCUUCGCAGACGUGUGUGAGAGCACAGCCCUGGUCCCCAAGCUCCUGGAUACGUUCCUGUUCAGCAGACAGCUCAUCUCCUACAACCAGUGCCUCACUAGCCUCUUCUUCAUCUUCCUCUUCCUCAGCAUGCAGUCCUUUAACCUCACCAUCCUCUCCUACGACAGACUGGUGGCCAUCUGCUGCCCGCUCAGGUACCACAUGAUGGUGACUCACAGGUCCAUGCUCCAGCUGACAGGUGCUGCCUGGGCCCUUGCUGUGUUCAUGGUGUUGCUGGCUGUGUGCCUCAUCACCCGACUCUCCUUCUGUAGGUCUCUGGUGAUCAACAGCUACUUCUGUGACCACGGUCCCCUGUUCCGUCUGGCGGCCCCCUGUUCUGAUGUGGUCCCUAACAUAGUGAUGUCUUAUCUCAACCCCUGUAUAGUCCUCUAUCUCCCCAUGGUAUUCAUCGUAUCAUCCUACAUCUGUAUCACACAUGCCCUGUUCACCAUCACACAGCCCCAGGACAGAAUCAGAGCCGUGAAGACGUGCACCUCACACCUGAUACUCGUAGCCAUAUUCUACCUGCCUAUUAAUUUCACCUUCCUCCUUCACCCAAUCAUACCAACCAACGCCCGGAUCAUCAACCUCUCCCUGACCUCGGUGCUGCCACCCAUGCUCAACCCAAUCAUAUAUGUUCUGAAGACAGAGGAGUUUAAGGAAUCGGCCAAGAAGCUGCUUAGUACAAGAGGAGCCCAGAGAGCUGUGGCGCCGGUCCAAUCAACAUGAAGUGUUCAACUUUAUUUAUAUAUCUAUUUGACUUGUUUUUUAUUGAUAUUCUGUGUAAGAUAGUGUAUCUGCCAAUGUGAAUAAUUGUUGCUUCACUUAAAUGAGAAAUAUUUUUUUUCAUCCAAAUGAA